AUGGUGCAGAGCUUGCACCUUGCUCAGAAAGGUUGUGAUCCCUCUCCCGAAUAUGUGAGGGACUUCAUUGCAGAAAAGGUCCGCUUGCACAAGGAAGAGGAGGCCGAGAAGGGCCAUCCACCGGCAAUUGACUGUGUCGUGUCCUUGCUGAAGGAGUACCGUGAGCGCGGUGUGCCUGUUGCGAUCGCCACAUCCGGAUUGAAAGACAUUGUGCUGGAACACCUGCAGGCAGCCGGGCUAAUGGACCUUGUGUCUCGUGAGCACAUGGUCUUCGCAUCGGAGGUGCCCCGCGGCAAGCCAGACCCGGCCAUUUACCUCGAAGCGGCAAGACGACUGGGCGUGGAUCCUCGCCGAUGCCGCGCCUAUGAGGAUGGGGAGAGUGGGCUUCGUGCAGCAUGGGCUGCCGGCAUGGAGGUCGUCGAUGUGACGUUCAUGGAGAGGUAUCCGGCACCGCAAGCACUGCGGAAGGCGAAAGCAGACCAGGUCCGAGAGAGGACGUGGCUGACGCCUGAAGCUGCUUCGUGA